AUGGCUGAUAAUCCUCUUCCACGAGGGAAUGACUUAACUCAGCAAGAGAAUAAUGGUUUUGGACCACUUUUCAAGCGUCGUGGAAGAACUACCACCGCUACUUCAGCUAUCAUGGUUACAACUUUCACUUUCGAUCAUGACAAGUGCAUUUUAGUCGCGACCAUCGCUGCCGCUUUCAUCCUGUGUUAUCAGUUGUAUGAACAAUACGAGGUUUUCUCUCACUCAAACUUCGCUAUCUUAUUUUCCCUGAACUGUUUCGUGGUUCCGCAUUUGUUGUUCCUUGUGGGUCUUCGACAGCUCUCUCCUGUGGAAAAAUCGGAUUUGUACGAAAAAGAAAACAAGAAUGUGGCCGAUGGGUUAGCUAAGGGCUUCUACUUUGGUUAUCUGAGGCUGGUGCUGCCGCAACUGAAUGAAAAGAUUGCCGAUUCAGUGGAAUUUCGAUAUUUGUUAAACGCGAAAAAGGUUUUCAUUUUACUGCCCAAAACGUGCUUCACCUGUGAUAGCAUCGUUGACGCAGAUUCCAGGGUAAAGUGGGCCGAUGAUCUCCCGCCGCUUGAAAUAAGUAGAGGUGGAAUUCUGAAAAGAAUUUACAAGCAUGCGGUUUAUAAGGUAGAGAUGCCCUGCCCAGAUGGAACGGUGGAAGAGUACCACUUCAUUUUGGAGUAUGCCAUGCCUCUGAUGACACUUUACGAUAUGUCUCAGUAUGCAGACCCCCCCUUAAGUCAUGAGGAACGGGGAUCAUCAGGUGGUGUUGUUCCUCCAAAAAUUGACAGAAAUUCUGGAUAAGUCCGAAGAGUGCAGAGGGACUUAUGAGUUAGUACCAAUCUCAGGAAAUGAUCCACAUGAGAUUUCAAAUGUCCUUGUUGGAAUGCAUAAUGCUGCCAACAUAGAAGUGCACAAUCCUGCACCUAAUGAACUGCACAGACCAGAACAGUGACAGCUCUAAACAAAAUAAUUCUAACUGAAUGUGAAAAAACUCUGAUAUUUUGCAGGACCCCAAUAUAAUAAAUCAAUAACAUUCUUUAGCAAUGCAUGUGGGACUGAGAAGCCUUUCUUUAACUUUUUUUUUAGUUCUUAUUAACUGAGCGGGAGGUCUGUAUGGGAGAAUCUUGACC